AUACAAACUGACGCUGUGCAUUUAAACCACAACACUAAACCUGUAGACGAAAGGUCGAAAUUUCAGGGACGCCAUAUUGGAUUUACGGGUGUGACAUAUUACAGUGACAUAAACUGUACGAAAAUGGAUAAGAUAAUUGUUUAAAUGAUCAAAUUAUAUUUACUGUGAAAGAUCUAUAUUUUCCCUGAUCAUAAUGUAGCCAGUUCCUGUGAAGGAGGGGUUGUAUCUUUGAUAACUUGUGUGACUCAGAUAACAGAUAUGUUGCACCCCCAGUGCAGUGCCCAGUACGUCCUACUGUGUGACCUCUGUGAAACUGUCCCCCUACAGAGCCACUGUGAACUUUGUAAUGUAAAUUUAUGCAAGGCCUGUGUUGAGCAACACCUUUCUGAUUCAUCUAAAAGACAUAAUGUCGUGUCCAUUUUACACAGAAAAUCGACUCCUAGCUACCCAAAAUGUCCGAAACACGCAGAUAAACAUUGCGAACUUUACUGUAAGAAAUGUGACAUUCCUGUCUGUUCUACCUGUGUCUCAAAAAAGCAUAGAGGGCAUAAUGUAUGUGAUGUUUUCGAAAACCUCAGCUCUAAAAUGGAAAGUUUACAAAAAGACUUAAAGGAACUAGAAACCCGAAUUUAUCCUCGAUAUGAAGAAAUGGCGUCUGGUGUCCAAACUGAGAAAUCAGAGUUGCAAACGAAUUACGGGAAACUGACAACAGCUGCUGAUCAACAAGGAGAAGUCUUACAUCGAAAGAUCACCGCCAUUGUCAACCAACGGAAAUCGGACAUCGAAGAGAUGAAAAAUAAACAUAUGGCUGCUUUAGAUAAAAACGCAGAUGAAAUUACACAGAGAAUUACAGAACUUAAAAAUAUCAUUGAAGACCUGAAGAUAAUACUCAAAACUAAGUCCGUCUCUCUAGCGUCUACUUACAAAUCUAGGAAUGGCGAGUUCCGACAGUUACCUCCUAAAGUCCGAGUUAAAUUACCGAGUUUCUCUCCUUCUAAAAUAAAUAAAGAUCACCUCAAACACAUGAUCGGUUCUGUAUCAUCCUUGUCCAUUACACCAGAUAAACAAGGCUACACGAUGAAGUCACCAGAAGCUGUAUCGUCUCCUCCAGUCAAACCAUUGCUCGAUAAACUGCGACUCACCGCCACCAUAAAGACUGGGUAUUACAGAUUAUACAGUGUUAGCCCUCUCAGUGAAGAACAAGUCUGGACAUGUGGGAAUGAGGAAAUCAUGAAGCUCUUCAACCUCCGGGGUCAACUACUGACAUCAAUACAAACCGAGUCAGGGAACACACCAGAGGACAUCAUAGUGACAUGGGACGGAUAUCUUGUUUAUACUGACUCUGAUAAAAGAACUGUAAAUCUAGUGAAGAAUAAACAAAUAGAGACCGUGAUCACACUUCAGGGUUGGAAACCUUGCUAUAUUUGCAGUACCUCCUCUGAUGAUCUCUUGGUUACCAUGGACAGUGAUGAUCUCAAACAAUCUAAAGUUGUGCGAUACUCUGGCUCCACAGAGAAACAAAUCAUUCAGUUUGAUGAUCAAGGUCGCCCUCUCUAUUCAUCUGGUUACACUAAAUUCAUCAGCGAGAACAGGAACCAGGAUAUCUGUGUGGCUGACUGGGGAGCCGGUGCAGUAGUGGUGGUCAAUCAGUCAGGAAAACUCCGAUUUAGAUACACUGGUCAGCAAUCAUUUUAUCCACGCGGCAUCACUACAGACAGCCAGAGUCACAUCCUGGCCGCAGAGUGUCAGAAAAACCGCAUCCACAUCCUAGAUCAGGAUGGACAGUUCCUCCGUUAUAUUAACUGUCGUUUAGAUCUUCCAUUCGGUUUAUGUGUGGACAUCAAAGACAAUCUCUUUGUGGCUGAGUCUGACACUGCUGAAAUGCAUAAAAUCCAAUAUCUAUAAACACAGUGUUAAUUACACAUCUAAAACAGUGUUGAUUAUAUAUCUAAACACAGCGUUAAUUACAAAUAUAGAAUCGGCGUUAAAUAAACAUCUACUCUGUUCUGUGUUCAUCACAAUAACAAACAGCAUGUUAAUUAUACAGCUUGUGAAUUACAUCAGUACUUGUCAUUUCUAAUUAAGUGUAUAUUAACAAUAAAUAUGUGUUUGUU